GAACGUUGAACGUCGAACGUUAUCAUGCGCGGACUUGAUAGAGCAUAUUCAAACCACAAUGAUGAAAGAUUGGCACCAGCUGAAGCUGUUGAGCCUAGUACACCAACUACAGGCAUUUUGAACAAAUGGGCGUUGAUUAAGAACGCAUACAGGGAAGAACUUGCCGAGUUUUUAUCAACCUUUGUUCUUAUUGUUAUUGGUGCAGGCGUUAAUUGUCAAUACACACUCCAGGGUUCUGGCGUAGCACUCAGUGUACCACUGACGUGGGCAUUCGGUGUCGCUGGUGCAGUAUGGAUAGCUGGUGGUAUAUCUGGUGGACAUUUGAACCCUGUCGUCACUAUCAGUUUAGCAAUUUUCAGAGGAUUCCCAUGGAGAAAAGUACCUAGCUACACUAUAUCACAAGUAUUAGGGUGUUUCGCAGGCGCUUGCGUCGCGUACGCUAAUUAUCACUACUCUAUUGACCAAUUCGAGGAUGGUCUGCGUACUAUACACGGUCCUACAGCAACUGGCGGAUUGUUUUUCACUAUGCCACAGCCUUAUUUGCCAGCAUUGAACUGUUUCUUUGAUGAAUUCCUUGGUACCGCAAUUCUCGUUGGCUUGGUAUUCGCCUUGUCAGACAAAUCAAACCUCUCGCCUCCACACGGAACAAUGCCAUUUGCAUUAUUCUUGACUAUAUUUGGUUUGGGUGCUGCACUCGGUGGUAACACCGCAGGUGGUUUCAACCCAGCUAGAGAUUUCGGUCCACGUCUUAUGGCCUGGUUUAUGGGAUAUGGAAAUGAAGUUUGGUCAUUCUUCGGUCAAUACUGGUUCUGGUGUGGCUGGUUAGCACCAAUAAGUGGUGGUAUUGCCGGUGCUUUUGUUUAUGAUGCUUUCAUCUAUUCAGGUGCAGACUCUCCAGUUAACACGAAAAAGACUCACGUCUAUGAGUCAGGUGUAAUUGCCUAACUUACUUUAGCGCUCAAGUAGAGCGCUCAUGCCUUCUGAUUAUUUACGGAUUACUGUUUUCUCGCUUAUGCCUUCUUACGCUUCAUUUGAUUACCAAAUUACGUAAUUUUUAAUGAAUUUUGCAUAUAUAUAUAU